GGCAAUAGGGGCCGGCAAUAUCAACCCCCUUUGUAUAUUCGUGUCUGCGGUGGCCACCUAUGUUUCCUACUCGUCUUCUACAUCUCGCUUACGUGCCAUUGAAAUCAUCACCUAAGAGCUUCUUCCGAUCUCAUGGACGCUCAAGUACUCGUGUAGCUGAGUUACUACCGGGUGUUGUGGAAAUUUCAUUACAUAAAGGCAUUCUUAAUAGAUUUAGGACAUUCUGCAGCAGCAAAGAUUUGUCACUUCAAAAAUGUGUGCCAUGCAACAAGAAGGAUUUGAGUCCCAUGACAGAGGGGAAUGCCAAUGCGUUGAAACCUAAGGUACCUGAAUGGGAGUUGCUAAAUGAUGGUGGUGUAAUGAAGCUUCGUAGGAAGUGGAAAGUUAAGAAUUUCCUCCAAGGCUUGGAGUUCUUUAAGACUGUUGGUGACUUGGCUGAGGCUGAAGGCCAUCAUCCAGAUCUUCAUCUUGUCGGAUGGAACAAUGUGACAAUCGAGAUAUGGACGCAUGCUUGUGGUGGGCUCACAGAAAAUGAUUUCAUACUGGCUGCAAAAAUCGAUAAGCUACCCCUUGAAUCUUAUCUUAGGCGUAAAUGAUGUUUCGUGGAAGAACCUUAAGCAGCACGCUAAACCUGUAUGGGAUCUUUUUUAUUUUUAUAAUAACUGUGGGUGUCUUAGCUAGCUUAUACGCACGCACCUCUAGUCUGAUGGGGGGUCCUGGAGUUAACAAUCAUGUAAAUCUUCGGUGGGCCUUGAGGGAACUCGAACUUGUGACCAGUGGGAACAAACCAAAGGCCUUACCAGUUAAGGUGUGUAUUAUAAAUAAAUUUUGAUGGGGUAUACGAGUUCUUCGUGUUUUUGGU